AUGGCAUCCACGAUGAAAGCAGUUGAUAUCAAAGGAGGCAAGGGUGAGGUUGACGCUCUAUUCAUCAAUACCGAGUUCCCAAAGCCCACGGCAGGAGAUGGCCAGGCAAUUGUAAAGAUCAAGGCGUUUGGCAUCAACCGCAUGGACAUUAUCCAACGCCGCGGCUUCUACCCGCUACCCCCUCAGGCGCCUGCUACCUUGGGUGUCGAGUUCAGCGGCACAAUCGAGUCCUUCGGGCCGGGUGACCACGGCCCCUUCAAGAAGGGCGAUGAAGUCUUCGGCCUUGCAUAUGGCGGCGCAUAUGCCGAGUACAUUGCAGUCAGCAGCAAGAUGCUCCUCCACAAGCCCAAGGAAUUGAGCUUUCAGCAGGCUGCCGCCGUCCCUGAGGCAUGGAUCACGGCGACCCAGGCAUUGCACUUUGUCCUGGGCUUUACCAAGGGAAAGUCCAUCCUCUGGCACGCAGGCGCAUCGGGCGUCUCGAUUGCCGGGAUCCAGCUGUCUCACGCGGCCGGCGCCUCGGCCGUCUAUGCCACAGCGGGGUCACAGGAGAAGUGCGACUUCAUCACCUCCAAGCUGGGCGCCACGGCGGCUUUCAACUACAAGACGCAGGACUGGGCCAGCGAGAUCAAGGAGAAGACGGGCGGCAAGGGCGUGGACUUCAUCGUCGAUUUCGUCGGCGCGAACUACUUCCAGUACAACUUGGAUGUGUCUGCGCGGGACGCUCGGAUAGUCCUCCUGGGGACUCUGAGCGGAGGCAAGGUCAAGGAUGCCGACAUUUCUCAGAUCCUUUACAAGCGCAUCCAGAUCACGGGCAGCACGCUCAGGAGCCGGGAUGAAGAGUACCAGGGCAAACUGCGGGACAGGCUGGAGACGUACAACCCACAGUUCGUCAGUGGGGAACUGCAGAUUAUCGUUGACAAGGUUCUGCCUUGGGAGGAGAUUCAGGAGGCGCACAAGUACAUGGAGGAGGCAAAGAAUUCGGGUAAGAUAGUCUGCACUAUCUCGUGA